GAGCUACUUGAGACCUUCCAUUCUCGUCGCCCCGCCUCGUCCCGCGUCCUUUGUUCUGUUGAGGAAACCAGGAGCGUGGCCUGGUUGGCCCUGCCUGUUUGGGCAAAUAUCCCCAAACCGACCCGUUUCGACUAGGCACGUCUCACCUCCGGACAGCAGAGCCUUGACUGCAGCCACCUGCCACGGUUGCAUCCCACUAUCCCACUUCAUCUCACUUCCUAUCCCACGACAGCCACCCGCAAAAGGCCAGACCAAGAUGAAGAUAUCAGAACUCUACAUCUACCCAAUCAAGUCCCUCCGGCCAUGCGCCGUCCAGCGCGCCCGCCUGAGGGUCGAGGGCGUCGAGCAUGACCGGCGCUUUAUGCUGCUCAAGGUCGUUGCUCCCAAGGACGCCGGCGCCGAUGGCGCAUCUGAAGCCAGCAAGUCGUCGUCGUCGGCGGCGGCGGCAGCGACGACGAGCUACAAACCCGUCCAGGUAGUCAAGAUGCCCGAGGCGGCGCUCUUCUCACAGCGCCUCGUCGUCAACGGGUCGGAUCAUCACCGGCCCCUUGACCAGGACGAACAGCAGCAGCAAGACCCCGACGCGGAGCCGGAUACCAUCGAAGUGACCUACAACAUCCCAGAAACCCCCGUCGCUCCGUCUCACCCUUCCCAGUCCCAACCACUGCUCGUCCCGCUGCAGCCCACCGCCGACUUCCUCCGGGGAUGCGCCAUCGUGGAUGUCAGCCUCAUGGGCAGCCGAGGCGCCGGCUACCGCAUGGGCGACCCUUACGACGCGUGGUUCUCUGCAUGUCUCGGUUACGAGGCGCAUCUGGUGUACGUGGGCGAUUUCCAGAGGAAGAUCCUGGCGCACCUUCCCGGUGGUGGCGGUAGUGGUGAUGUUAAUGGCGGAAUGGGAGGGGGCUUGUUGCCGUCAGGGUUAUCGUCGACAAUGUCGUCAUAUUUUCCAGCCGGCCUGCUUCAGUCUGUCUUUGGCAGCUCGGCAUCAGCGUCACCAUCAGCACGCGAGCCAACGCUCGUGUACAACGAGAGCGCGCCGUUCCUUGUCACCAACCGCGCCUCGCUACGGGACUUUAGCCGACGCUUUGAAGAUGAGGGCAGCGCAGGUAUGGACAUGACCAAGUUCCGGCCCAACAUUGUCGUAGAUGAGGAGCACGACGACGACAGGGCGAACGAUGUGAAGAGCCCCAGCGCCGCCGGACCGGAAGACGGACAAGUCAGGAUGGACACAGUAGCAAAGGCAGACCAGCUCCAGCCAUGGGAGGAGGAUUAUUGGGCCGAGCUUGUCAUCUCGCCGGCACCUACAGACGCCGCAACAUCAUCAUCACCACCAGCAAAGAGCACGGCGAUCACGACGAGUACAGCCGCACGCCGGCCACAGUGCACGCUCGAACUCACGGCAAACUGCGGCCGCUGCAACUCCAUCAACGUGGACUACGCCACGGGACGCACAGCCAAGGGCGAGCAAGGCACCGCGCUGAAGAAACUGAUGCGCGACCGCCGCGUCGACGUCGGGGAGAAGUACACGCCCAUCUUUGGGCGCUACGGCUACCUUGUCGGCGCGGCCGUGGCCGGACAGCAGGGUGGUGGUCUUGGAGGUGCUGUGGAGGACAAUAACAGGAGGACCGGUGCUAUAGAAAGCGAGGGCGUUGAAGUUCAUGUUGGUGACGAGGUCGUCGUGACGAGGCGCAACACGGAGCACGGCGUGUGGGCGUGGCCCAAGUACAAGGACUAAUGCGCUCCACACAGACUUCACAUGUACAGAGCCAAUGGCACUUGAUAACAUCGCCAUGGCAAAAGAGCCGAGCCCCAAAGACUUUGCAUCUUGCUUGAGAAG